AGCUGCCAGACGCUCACAUUUAGUAGGACAGUCAAAGUCUGAUGGUUCAACUUUCCUCAGUUGUUCACAUUUCACAACGAUCGAUCAAUGGAUAUUUUACCUUUACUUUGUAUUGUCUCUGUGGCUUUUACAGGUUUAACCCAAGGAGCUGGUGUGUUGCCUGAUGUUCUGAAUGCAGCUGUGGGAGAGACAGUGAUGUUCACCACAACACUGACUCCACCAGAGAAACCAUUUCUGACACUGGGCUGGACAUUUAAUGGAAAAAAUAUAAUCACUUUCAGUGGUACAAACUCAACUGCACCAGAGUAUGAAGGCAGGAUCACCCUCUUCAUGUCUACUGGAUCUCUGGAGCUCAGAAAUGUGUCUCUACAUGACAGUGGGGUAUACAGAGUUAACAUUUUUCCAUAUGGAGAGCCACAGAAGACAGGCGAAACGAGACUGAACGUAGAUGAGCCAGUUUCCAAUGUAAUAGCAACAGCCAGCAGCACAGACUUGGUGGAGUUCAACAGCUCUGUCCGUCUGUCCUGCUCCGCCUCUGGAUCCUCUCUGUCUUUCCUCUGGCUGAACGGCAGCUCUGAGGUUACAGAAGGUGACAGAGUUCAGCUCACUGAUGGAGGCGCCAAUCUCACUAUAUUAAAUGUGACCCGCUACGACAAGGGACCAUUCAGGUGUCAAGUGUCCAAUCCUGUCAGUAAUGACAACAGUACUUCAAUAACCUUCAACAUCAGCUACGGCCCAGACAAUGUUACUUUGACAAUGUCUCCGUCACAAGAAUAUCACGCGGAAGGGUCAAACAUCGACCUGAUGUGCUCAGCUGACUCCAAACCUGCUGCCCAGUUUAUGUGGCUUCUGAAUGGAAGCCUGCAGUCUGAUACUGGACCAGAGCUCAGACUGACGAACAUUCAGAUGAGUAAGAGUGGGAACUACAGCUGUCAGGCCUAUAACAGCAAAACUCUGAGAUAUGAAUCAUCUCCAUCUGCCACCAUCUCUGUACUGACACGUGUUGCCAAUGUUGUGGUAACUUCAGACCCACCAGACUUGGUGGAGUUCAACAGCUCUGUCCGUCUGUCCUGCUCCGCCUCUGGGUCCUUUCUCUCUUUCCUCUGGCUGAACGGCAGCUCUGAGGUUACAGAAAGUGACAGAGUUCAGCUCACUGAUGGAGGCGCCAAUCUCACUAUAGCUAACGUGACCCGCUACGACCAGGGACCAUUCAGGUGUCGUGUGUUUAAUCCUGUCAGUAAUGGCACCAGUGAUCCAGUAAACCUCUCCAUCAGCUAUGGUCCCGACAAUAUUAAUGUGACAGUAUCUCCAUCACAAGAAUAUUAUGGCGAAGGGUCAGACAUCAGCCUGAUGUGCUCAGCUGUCUCCAGACCUCCUGCCCUGUUUCACUGGUUUGUGAAUGGAGACCUGCUGUCUGAUACUGGACCAGAGCUCAGACUGAUGAACAUUCAGAUGAAUCACAGUGGUAACUACAGCUGUCAGGCCUUUAACAACAGAACUCUGAGAUAUCAAACAUCUCAGUCAUCAGUUGUCUCUGUACUGGAGAUAAUAUCAGGUGCUUCACUUAAGCCGUCAACAAACGUGCUGAUUGAAGGAAACUCAUUCAACUUGACCUGUGACGCUGCUGGCUCUGUCUUUACCAGAAAGUGGAUGAAGGAUGGCUCAGAUCUGAUCCUGUCUGAUAACAUAAUACUUUACGAUGAGAACAGAGUGCUGUUUUUUAAGAGCCUGACCAGAAAAGACAGUGGAGAAUAUUCCUGUACAGUCAGCAACCCCGUCAGCAGCGAUGAAGCUAAAUACUCCAUGGAGGUCAACUAUGGACCAGAAAAUGUUCAAAUCACAGGCCCAAGUGAGAUACAUCUGAAUGAGAACUUAACUUUAACCUGCUCUGCUGAGUCCAGACCACUUGCCACUUACACCUGGAUACUGAAUGGGACAGAGAUACACAAUUCUGCUGUGUUCACUAAAGUCAACGUUCAACCCUCAGACAGUGGCAUCUACACCUGCGAAGCAAUGAAUGACGUAACUGAAAGAAAACGGUCUGCAGUCCAUGAAUUGUCUGUAACAGUCAAACCACAACACAAAGGAGGCUGUGGGGGUGGUUGCAUUGCUGGAAUAGUCAUUGCAGUUCUAGUCGUCCUUGCAGCAGCUGGAGGUGGAGGGUACUUCUUUUAUCGAAAAAAGAUACAGAAAAAAAACACCACCAGUAGAACAGGAGGUGAAGGGCAGGAAAACACAGGAUUCUCAGGAAGUCAGGAGCUCCAUUAUGUAGAGGUCAAGUUUGACAAGAACAAAGGUGGGGCUGUCCAGCCUGGGCCACAGAAUGACACAUCAGAAUAUGUUGAGCUCCAAGUAAACAAAAGUCAACCUAAACCGUCCUCACCUCCUUCCUAUGAUGACCAUCAGGAACGACAGAAGGGAACAGCUCCUCAGCCUCCCAAUGCCACACAAAUUCCCAGUUCAGGUUCGCAAGAAAGCAGCCGCACUGGAUCUCAAUCAUCCUCUUAAGGGGGUUAGACCAGAGGCCAGAAGCAGCUGACUUGGUUUGUGAAAAAACCUGCACUCCUCUCUCAGUUCCUUUUAUAGGGGACUAUUUUGGACUUGAGUUUAUUUAGUCAAAGCACUUUAGCAGCAGUUAAUAAUCAACCAGUCUGUGACAGUUACUGCCGUGACUGAGGUCACACAGCACAAUGCUGACCUAUUUGCUUUCAUUCACAUAUAACAGCUUUGUUUGUCUUUGCACAGUUAAUGCAAAGUGCACAUUACAUGCAAGUGAAAAUGUUCUCUUUAUGUGAUUCAGUUGUUUGCUUGAGCAUAAUGUUUGACACCGAUGUGGUGUCAUGUUUGACUCCCCGUGUGUACUGUGUGAUGCCAUUUGAGAUGACUGUUUUUCAAUUAUGGAUUCAUUUUUAUAUUUAUUUUACAUCAACAAAAUCAAAAAUAUUGGUUAUUUAGCAAUAUAUAAUUCACCUUUCACUGGUGUUUAUCAGGACAUGGGAACACCUUGUUAAUUUGUCAGUACAGUAGUGAACUGUAAUGACCUACACGUAGCAGUAAUGGAAAGAUUUGUUAUCAGUUGGUCCAAAGGAGCAGUUAAAAGAACAAUACAGAUACAAAUCUUAAUAAUUAAAUACCACCAUGAUAAAGUUAAACUAUAUAAAAACACAAAGGGGAGGUCUGCUGCCACAAUAUCCAAAACGCUUGCAUGAAAAAACAAGGGUUUUCUCUCCAGUUCUGCUUGAGUGGUAGAAACAAUAUUUGCUAGCCAAAGAUAAAGGAAACCACUCGAAUGGCUCUUAGAUGGUUAUCUACAGAUUCGUUGGUAUUAAAGUCCGUUCAACGGGCAUGCCGAAACUGUGACCUAAUGUGUCAAUAUGAACUGUAAGUGAUCAUCAGAGUUAUUCAGGACAAAUUAACGGUAAAUGUCAACAAAGGUUGCUAUAUGAUAAAAUUAUAUGGUGCUUUCUCUCCCUGUAAGGCCUGGAGCCAACAGGGAAGUAUUUCAGAGAAGUGAAACAUUGCAAGGUAAUCGAUGUAAGUUCCCCUCAACCCUGUACAUAACCAAACUUUUAUGUAGACAUUAGAAGUUGGGGACUGUAUCAUUAUUCUCAGGCAUUAAAUGCAGUACGUUUGCACUGAUAGUUUCAUUUGUUGAUAAAGCAGAACACACUGUGUUUGAGGUUAACAAAGUAGUUAUAAGGUGAUGGUAAUGCUGUGAGUGAGGAUUAAAUCAGUGUUACCUCAGAUUUUUCUUAAGUUAAUCCAUUGGGUUUGACACUGGACAGCUAACCAAUAAGCUGAGAGUCACUAUAACACUCUAUAAAGCCGAGGGAGGCUGUAAAUUCAGGUGAUAACUCUCUGUAGGGUCAUCAUCACCAAGGGCUGACCCCUUUCACAUCGUCACAGUGUUUUGAAAUUAUAAAAUACAUUGUUAGCAUGAAAAUAUUGAUUAUAGCUUUAAGUAGACCGAUAUAGAGCAGAUGCAUUGUAAAUAUAUGAAAUAACAUGUAUGUUGAGUGAGUGUUUUUCUCAGUUCUAAGUAUCUAUUUACACAGUGAGUCAUUUGUCUUCAGUCAGAUUGAUGUCAUCAGACAAGUCACUCACGUGUUGGCUAGAACCCCCCCCCCCCAGCUAAGUUGUUAGCGUAAAAAGGGGGAAAGAGGGGGGGUGAUGACAUGCAGCAAAGGGCCAUAGGUUGGAAUCAGACCUGUGGCCUCUGCGGCAAGUACACAGCCUUUGUACAUGGGGCGCCUGUUCUACUAGGUGAGCUAAUGGACGCCCCUGUAAGGAUAUUUUUAAUGGAUUAUAUGCACUAUUAAAGGGGUAAAAAAAAAAAAAAAGAAAACCAACACUUAAUUUAUACCUUAAAAGGCCUUAAGUUAUCAAUUAAUGUUUGAAUUAGAAGUGGUUUUCAUAGGUUUUAAGUUGUUGUUUUUUACCACUUGAAAUACUUUGUCAACUGUGCAUGUUAUCCAUUAAAAUCAUGUUCGCCUUAAAUUCUUCUUAUUUUUUUCAGUGAUGUGCUUUCCAAAUUAAGGUGUAUGAAGGGGUUUCGGUUUUGCCCUUUCAUAUGAAUGGACAAAUUAAGGGAUCCCUUACCACACAUCUUAAUCUAAUGUUAAGGGCUUUUGUGUGUUUUAAAGGGCAAAUUAAGGAAUAAGUCUCGUACUUGUUUCACAGUGAAUUGUGUUAUGUUGGUAAUCUGUAAUGACCAAAGCUUUUUCUUAAAGUGCUGCAUGCCUCAUUAGAGUGAACAUGUGAUUAAUGUUUGACCAAAGAAAGAAGUUAAUGUAAAGUUCAGGUUGCAUUUGUAAUAAUUUAUUUUUCUCAUUCAGAUAAUUAAACUGUUUGAAUUUUUGUA